AUGAAAUAUACACCUAGAAUUUAGAUGGAAGGAAAUUAAUUUCACUUAAUAUAUGAAUAAACAAAUGAUGAGUUAUUGGACAUUUUAGAGAAAGGAGUCUCUAAAAAUAUACUAGUACUUCGCGAAAAUGGUUAUUGUGUUACAGAUAAAAUAACUAAAAUUAAAUACAUAGUAAAUUAUUCGAGAAAAUUUUUAAAAUUAAGGUAUGGUUAUAUUUAAAAUAUGCUAAGUUUUUAAAAAUAUGAUGUUUUAGAAUAUGAUAUGGGAAACUUAAUUGAAAGCUUAAGUUUAAAGCUAUACCAAUAAUAAAAUUAAAUGAAAAUGAUGUUUUCAAAGGUUAACUAAUUAAAUGAAAGUUAUAUUCGAGAAAUAGAAUAUGCUCCAACAGAUAUUGUAAUUGAAAUAGUUUUUGGUAAAAUGAUAAUUGGUAAAUUUUAUAUUUCAUACAUAAUUGGAAAUUCCUUGAUGUCUGUUGAUGAACGAUAUGCAAGGUUUUAACUUAUAAACUUAGAAAUGUUAGAGGAUAAUACAUUAAGCUUAGAAAUUUUUAAGGCUAAUCCAUUAAACUUACAUUUUCUCACUUAAUUUACAGCAAUAGAUAAAUUUAUUGAUUUAAUCUAUAGAACCUUUAUUCCACUUUAGUUAUUGAACAAUAAAUUAAUCUCUUCUAAUUUUUUUUGUCAACUUUACUAAUAUUAUUUAAUGAUUUAUCCUAAUCAAUAAUUUGCUACUAUUUUUUUUGGAAUAAGAAGUGAGAGAUCUAAUAACUAUUUAGGUAUUCAUCCUUUAUUGAUUUAAAUGAAAACUUAUUUUGUUAAUGAUAAACUUCAAGUUGAAAUUGAAUAAGCAGAUGCUUUUGCUCUAUUAAACGGAUAUCAUUAAUUGGUUGAUUUUGCAUUUUUUAAAAAAGAAAUUCAUGAAGUCAUAACAAAAUGGUCUUUUCUCACUUGCUAAGAACUUGAUGAAUUCUUUUAAAAAUUUUUAUUUAUUGGAUUUGCAUAUAUUUUAUUGUAUCCAAAAAGAGAAUAACUAUUUUAAUUAUUAAGAAAAACAAAUUGGGAACAUAUUUUAAAUCCACUAAUUUUAAAAAUUGCUAAUUUACACUUAACAUUAAGUCAAAAAUAAAGAUAAGAUUCUAUAAUCAUUGACUAUAAAAGAUUCUUUAUUUUACAUAUUGAUAAAUUUUUCCAUCUUUUUGAAUAUACAAUGAGUAAAGAAUAAAGAGAAGGAAGGGAGAAUCCUAUUAUGCAUAUUCUUAAAUAAUAUUGGGAAAGAUUAGAUAAGAAUUGUUCAAAUAUUGUAAAAAAUGGUUUCAAAGAAAAUGAAAUAAAUUCUCAAUUCUAAAAACUUAAUAUGGUAUAAUUUUAAGGUGAUAGAAUAUUAUUCAUAUUUCAAUCUAUUGAAUAUAAUGUACUUAAUACAUAAAUAAUAAUAAAAUUUGAUUAGGGACAUGAAAUUCAGAGAUGGAGAUUCAAUGAAUUUCCUAAAUAAGAAUAAGAAUUAAUUAUCAGAUAAUUUUGA